AUGCGUGCGAAGCGCUCGCGCAGCGAAAGCGACCCGGGCGACGCAGAGGAUGUGCGACCGCCCGCGCCUACUGCGUCCGUCUCGCGCGGCCGCGAGCGCACCGAGAAGGGCUUUGUGCCUGGCUCCAUUGUGCGGGUUGCCUGCGAGAACUUUGUCACGUACGACGCGGUCGAGUUUUUCCCUGGGCCCUAUCUGAACAUGAUCAUCGGACCGAACGGCACGGGCAAGAGCACAGUGGUGUGUGCGAUCGCACUCGGCCUCGGCUGGAAGCCGAGCGUGCUGGGCCGUGCCAAGGACAUAGCGUCCUACGUCAAGCUGGGGCACGAGCAGGGCUGGGUCGAAAUCGAGCUGCAAGGCUAUCCCGGCAACGUUAAUACGACGGUCCGUCGCAUCCUCUUCCGCGAGACGAACUCGAGCGACUGGAUGCUCAACGGCCGCAACGCCAGUGCGAAGGAAAUCACCGAGGCCGUGUCGCCCUUUCACAUCGAGGUCGGCAAUCUCUGUGCGUUUCUUCCGCAGGACCGCGUCGCGGACUUUGCGUGCAUGUCCCCCUCGCGCCUUUUACAAGAGACGCAGCAUGCUGCCGGCCACCCGGAGCUGAGCGAGUGGCACGCUUCGCUGAUCAGCCAAGGACACGAGCUGGCCAAGGUCAAGGCGCGCGUCGAGCGCGACGUGCAAGAGCACGACCACCUCGAGGAACGCAAUCUCGUCCUUGAGCGCGACGUGCGACGGUAUGAAGAGCGUGUCGAGCUCGAGAAACGCGUCACGAUGCUCCAAGCGCGCAUUCCCUACGCGCAAUACCGCGAGGCAAAGCAGCGCUACGACAUUGCGCACGCAGAGCGUGCGGAGGCGAAGGAGGCGGUGCGUGCGGCAGAGCGCGCAUUGCAGCCCCUCCAAGAAGAACGCGAACGCGUGCAGCAAAAGGUCCAAAAGAUCGAGCUGCGUCUCACCGAUCGCCGCCGUGACGCGGAUGCGACGCACGCGACCGUCAAACGCAUUGCACAGGACCGCGAACGCGCCGACUUUGAAAUGACGGCCUUGCACGAGCAGGAGAAGCAGCUCGAGGUCGCCGAGACCAACCGGCAGCAGCUCAUUGCCGACUUGCGGCGGGGCGUCGCCGAGCUCGAGGAGCGGACGUCCAACGAGCCGCAGCACGCGUCCGCGGAAGUCGACGCCCAGCUGCGCACGGUCAAGACCGAGAUGCGCGCUGCGGCAGAGGACAUGCGCGAUGUCGAGGCGCAGCAGACGGAUCUUGCGACCGAGGAGCGCCAGUACCGCGUGCGGAAAGAGCAGGCCGAGCAGAAACUCGCGCGGCUCAACAACGUGCGCCACCAGCGCAUGCAGAUCCUGGCGCGGGGUGACAAAGAUACCUACGAUGCGAUCGAAUGGCUCGCGAACCACCGCGACAUUUUCCAAAAGAACGUCUACGAUCCGAUCCUUGUCCUGCUCGACGUAAAGCAGCCGCAGGCAGCACGCGCCGUCGAGACGUGCCUCAACUGGAACUUUCAGCGGACAUUUGUGUGCCAGUGCCGUGCGGACUAUGAUUUGUUUACGCGUGAGCUGAUCGACAAGCGCGGCUGGCGCUUGAACGUCGUCGAGCUCGAAGGCGGCCGCGCACUAAGCGACUAUCAGCCUCCAAUCCCUGCGGAAGAGUUGCACCGCAUGGGCUUUGACAACUAUGCGUUGGACAUGGUCGAUGCGCCUGAAGACGUGCUGCGUUUCCUGUGCCACUCGGCGCACUUUCACCUGAUUCCCAUCUCGGUGCGUGGCAAUGCGCAGCCCGAGCAGGUGGAACGCAGCGGCUACUUUCAGCGGUACAUUAUCGGCUCGACCGUCUUUUCCACGACCGUGUCCAAGUACGGCAAGCGCCUGCCGGUGACGCGCUCCAACGACCUGAAGCCGCUGCGAAACUUUGCACACUCGGGCCAGUCCGAGGCGCGCGAGCACGCCGAGAACGAACUGCGCCUACUCGCCGAGCGCUUUGCUGCGCUGGACGAGCGGAAACAGCGACUCCACGCGACGCACACACAGCACAAAGACCGCUACCGCGAUCUCGUUGCACAGCGCGACCAGCUCGCCGAGAAACAGCGCGACGCGCAGCGCGUCGUUGCCGAAUGGCGCAAGGCCCAAGCGAUCCUCCAGGCGGAGCGCCAGAAGCUCGCGCGCGAAGAGGCACGGCCGCCGGUUGCCGCUCAGCGCCGGCGCAUCGAAGAGGAGCGCCGCAAGGUUGCUGUCGAGCUUGGAAAGCUCGCCGAGCGUCUCCUGCGCACGCUGACAUCGAUGAUGGAAGCGCGUGCGGACUGUGACGCAAUGGUACUGAGCAGCCUGCACUAUACCACGCAGCUCAACCAGUGCACCGAUGCGCUACGCGAGCGCCAGUCGGCGCUGCGCGAGGCACACCAUGCGCUUGAGCAGGUGCUUGUCGCUUUCACGCAGGCCAAGGAAGAGACACUGGCGUGUAAGCGUUUGUACGAGCAGCGGAUGGACGAGUGCGACGAUGCGAUGCGCGAGGCCUUCCGCGAGCAGUAUGCCGACGACACAGAGAGCGUCGACCAGCUUGAGAUGCAGUUGAACAGCGCUCAGGCCGCACUCGACAUCCCGUGGGGCGUCGGGCCGAACGUCGUCGAGGCCUUCCGUCAGCGCAAGGCCAAGGUCGCGCAGCUGAAAGAAACGAUCGAAGCGACGCGCCUCGAGCAGACGCGGUUUGAGGCGGCGAUCCAGCGCGUGGAGAACUUGUGGCUCCCUGCGCUCGAGACGCUCAUCUUCAACGUAAACGAGCGUUUUUCUGCUGCGUUUCAGCGCCUUGGGUGUGCCGGCGAAAUUCGCUUGGCGCGCGACGAGGACUAUGAAAAGUGGGGCAUCGAUAUCCUGGUCAAGUUCCGUGAUACGGAACAGCUUCAGCUGCUUACUGGACAGCGACAGUCAGGAGGCGAACGCUCUCUUUCGACAAUUCUCUACCUGUUGAGCCUGACAGAGCUCUCGCGUUCGCCUUUCUCGCUUGUCGACGAAAUUAAUCAAGGCAUGGACCCGCGUGCGGAGCGCGCGGUGCACGACCAGAUGGUCGCGAUCACAUGCCGCGCCGAGGCAGGACAGUACUUUUUGAUUACACCCAAGCUCCUCUCGGGCUUACGAUACCACGAGCUAAUGAAGGUGCUCUUGAUCAAUAACGGCGACUGGCUACCGGAGAAACUCAUAUUGUCGGAUGUGGUGGCGACCAAGCGCGCACGACUCGCAAGCGCUGCCGCGGCGCCCGCGGCGUCGGCCGCUGGCUAG